CUAUGAUUCCACCAAUCCUGAAUUUCCGACUUCAUUCUAAAAGGUAGAAAAUAUUUGGAAUUAUUUAAUAAAAAAAUGGCUAUCAGUUUAUUGAAUCCAAAAGCUGAAGUUGCAAGAGCAGCUCAAGCUUUAGCUGUGAAUAUUUCUGCAGCAAAGGGAAUUCAAGAUGUGAUGAAAAGCAAUUUGGGACCCAAAGGGACAAUGAAAAUGUUAGUUUCGGGAUCCGGUGAUAUAAAAAUAACUAAAGACGGUAAUGUUCUCUUGCACGAAAUGCAAAUCCAACAUCCCACUGCAUCUUUGAUUGCUAGAGCUUCCACAGCCCAAGAUGAUAUCACUGGAGAUGGCACAACAUCUACAGUUCUUGUGAUUGGCGAACUUCUCAAACAGGCUGAUCUUUACAUAUCUGAGGGCCUGCACCCUAGAGUGUUAGCAGAAGGCUUUGACAAGGCCAGAGAAAAAACUCUAGAAGUUUUGGAACAGGUCAAGAUACCUAUUGAAAUCAAUAGAGAAAGUUUAUUGGAUGUAUGCAGGACUAGUCUGAGAACUAAGGUUCACCAAAAAAUUGCAGACAUCUUGGCAGAUGAGUGUGUAGAUGCUGUUCUUACUAUUAACAAGGAUAAUAAACCAGUGGAUCUUCACAUGAUCGAAAUCAUGGAGAUGCAACAUAAGAGUGAAACCAACACUAAGCUGGUGAAGGGUCUGGUCAUGGAUCAUGGUUCAAGACAUCCUGACAUGCCAAAAUCACUUGAUAAUUGCUAUAUCCUAACUUGCAACGUCAGUAUGGAAUAUGAGAAGAGUGAAGUCAACUCUGGCUUCUACUACAAGACAUCUGAAGAUAGAGAAAAGAUGGUAUUAGCUGAAAGGGAAUUUAUCGAACAAAGAGUCAAAAAAGUUGUCGAGCUUAAGAAGAAGCUGUGCGAUGGCACCAAUAAAUCUUUCGUAAUCAUAAACCAGAAGGGUAUUGACCCCCUCAGUUUGGAUAUUUUGGCCAAGGAAGGUAUUGUUGCAUUACGUCGAGCCAAGAGGCGUAACAUGGAACGUCUAGCUUUAGCUUGUGGAGGAGUUGCUCUUAAUUCAUUUGAAGACAUCCAGGAAUCUCAUCUCGGUUAUGCUGGCCACGUUUAUGAACAUGUUUUAGGAGAGAAUAAAUUUACCUUCGUAGAAGAUUGCAAGAAUCCCAACUCUGUGACCCUAUUGGUCAAAGGCCCCAACAAGCACACCCUUGUGCAGCUAAAGGACGCUAUCAGAGAUGGACUUAGAGCUGUGAAUAAUGCCAUUGCUGAUUCAGCCUUAAUUCCAGGUGCUGGUGCUUUUGAGGUAACAGCCAACAAAGUGUUGAAUGAAUAUAAAAAUACAGUCAAAGGAAAAGCAAGGUUGGGAAUUGCAGCCUAUGCUGAAGCUCUACUUGUCAUCCCAAAGGUGUUGGCUACAAAUUCUGGAUAUGAUGCACAGGAUACAAUUGUGAAACUUCAAGAAGAAUGUCGUUUGAACCCACAACCUGUUGGAAUCGACUUGACUUCAGGUGAACCCAUAAAUCCAAAAGAUGCAGGUAUCUUGGACAACUAUAUUGUGAAGAAACAAAUAAUCAACUCCUGUUCCAUAAUUGCUUCCAAUCUUAUAUUGGUAGAUGAAAUAAUGAGAGCUGGUAUGAGCAGCCUUAAGGGUUAAGUUUUCAGGUCAAUGUAUAACUGAAAAAUCAGCUUGUAUUUCAUAUUUAAUCUGUAUUCAUCUUACUGAACAAUUUUUUUUCAUGUUUAUUACCAGUCUCCCUAUUUAAUAAUUUUACUAAUAAAUGGCUUAUUUGUAA